UCUGAGUGCUGAUUGGACGUCCGUUGGAACGGCGGACCAAUCAGAACGCGUGAUUUGCAUAUGUAGCAUUUUUCAAAGACCCUUCAAUCGCCACAAGCACUUCCGGAAUUCCUGUGUCAGUUGCGCGUGGACUUUGAGACACAAAUUCAGCAUUUCCGAAGAUUUAGACUUCGAGAGUUGCAGAGUUUGUCCGUGACUGUCUGUUCAACUGUUUGAAGGUUUCUGGGUGACGCCAAGUCGUCUGUUUUUGCCGAGAACUGAAGACAACACCGAAGUGCCAUGCCUCUCCCAAAACGGUCACAACGCGGGGGGCUCGGCUCGCUUAACCCGCAGAAAAAGGCAGUUCCUCUGGUUCACCAUGACAAAAAGACGACCCGUGGCGGCACGAAACGCGCAUCGGACGAGACAGCAGAUGGGUUGGCCAAGAGAAGAGCAGCUUUUGGGGACAUCACCAAUGCCACCAAGCAAAAAGGAUCUGGUCUGUUUGGCUGUGUAAGUUUUGGGGAGGUAGACUCCGACAAUGAGAAGGGAACAACAACGUGUCAGGACAAGCCCAAGCCUGGAGAGACAAUAGCAGCCAGUACCCUGAUACAGGCCUUUGCCCAACAGCUCCAAGGCAAGGAGAAGGCCAAGAAGGUUGCCAAGCUCGAGAAAGCCGUGAAGGUUCUGCCCAGAAGACGCUCGGGAAGACUUGCGAGCAAGCCGAGUAAGAUCGCAAGGCCCGUCCUGCCGGGAGAUGAGUCGAUGUCCUCGCAGGGGAGCGUGUCGUCGCAGGAGAGCCUCCCGUCCUCCCAGUCUUCUGUUUCCCCCAACAGCAGUGACAGCUGCUCCAGCGAUGGUAGCAGACCUGUGUCUCCGGUUCUCAGUGUUCAGGACCUGAACGAGAAAAACAGACAGAAGACAGAGGAAGCCAUAGCAGCAGAGGGCAAGCCCCAGGGCAUCCCCACCCGGCCUCCGCUGUACGACUACGAUCAGGAGAACAUCAAAGACCCGGGGCUGGCGCCUCUCUACGCACAGGACAUCUUCAACUAUAUGAAGGACAGGGAGGAGAAGUACCUGCUCCCCCAGUACCUGCAGAUCCACAAUGCACACCUGGAGCCGUACAUGAGGGCUAUCCUGGUCGACUGGCUCGUCGAGGUCCAGGAGAAUUUUGAGUUGAACCAUGAGACCCUGUACCAGGCUGUGAAGAUCGUGGACCACUACCUGGCCAAGACCAAGGUCACCAAGGAGAAGCUUCAGCUGGUCGGGGCAACGGCGCUCUUCAUGUCCUGCAAGUUUGAUGAGAGGUGUCCGCCGUUGAUCGACGACUUUGUGUUCAUCUGUGACGACGCCUACCGGAGGGAGGACAUCAUCCUGAUGGAACAGACCAUCCUCAUCAAACUGGACUUCUUCCUAAACUUCCCCAUCUCCUACAGGUUCUUAAGGAGAUAUGCUAAGUGCUCUAAAGUAGACAUGGGGACCCUGACUCUGGCGAGGUUUGUGCUGGAGUUGGCGCUGCAGGAGUACGAGUUUGUCACGUACCGAGAGUCCAAACUGGCGGCAGGGGCCUUGCUGCUGGCCUUCAAGAUGAAGAAACUGGGAGACUGGACCCCGACGUUAGAAUACUACUCUGGUUACAAGGGGGAGGAGCUGAGGGACAUUGUCAGACACCUGAACUCCAUCUUAGCUGCCCCGAAGGACUCCAGACUGAAGACUAUCCGGGCUAAGUACUCUCACAGCGUCUUCUAUGAAGUUGCAAAGCUACCGCCCCUGGACAUGAUUGAGGAGAUGGACUAGUCUGCAGCUCCCCCUGUCUGUUUGUGCAAUUAGUGCAAGUUUUUAGUCAGCCAGAAGACUCAACUGCAAUCAAGAGAAAACAAAGAUGACUGGAACUCAGUAAAUAACAGAUUAUUCCAACUGUUUGCACUCAUUAGAAGAAGACAAAAAUACUUUUGGAAAUGUGUAUUAUGGAACAAGAAAUUUUAAUGUGAAAUUGA